CCUACCCUCAUUGUUGGUUACAAAAAAAAAAAAAAAAAUCCGAUCAUCUCUCUCUCCAUUAUGUUUAGGGAUAGGCUCCUCUUCAUUGCUGGUUACAUAGCGCUUGCUGUUCAUGUUCAAGUUUUUUUUUGUGUGAAUUGUGUCACUAAUAAUCAAAAUCAGCAGCAACUCGCCCUCCACAAAAAUUAUUGUGGAGAUAUCCAUAACAUCAGUUUCCCUUUUCGACUCAAAGCCCACGCACUUGAUAAUUGUGAAAACAAGUAUUUCGAACUUGAGUGCGAGAACAAUCGGACAGUACUACACUUGCUUUCCGGUAAAUACUACGUCCAGGCCAUCAACUACAGCAGUCAACUUAUCAGCCUGGUGGAUGUGGGGAUACAGAGGAAUAAUUGCUCCUCUCUUCCUCUUCAUUCUUUAACUUAUUACAACUUUGCUUAUUCAGUAGAUCCAUAUCAAGGUGGUUGGAAUGAAAUGGCAGUGUUAGUGAGUUGUGAAAAACAGGUGAAAUCUCCUCUCUACAUAGACACUACUAGUAAUAUUAGUACGGCUUUCUGUGAAAACAGAGGAGGAGGAGGAGGAGUCAGUUCGUCAUCGUUGAAAAAGCAUUCAUACUUUCUGAUCGGAAGCUACAGUUCUCUGUCGUGGUCAGAUGUUUUAAACUUGUGCAGCGUCGACGCGGCUUUUCCGACAAGGGAGUUGCGGAAUCCAGAUCAUACUUUUAGACAACGUAACAUUACGAGCUUGUUGGAGGUCAACAACAUAUUGGCUGAUGGAUUUGAUCUUCAAUGGGUAUUCUACACCUACGGACAAUGCAAACGUCAGCAACGUUGCUUCUCUAAUUAUCCUAAAAAUGCCACCGCCGGCACUUGCCAUCGCUUCUCCUUUCUACAGUAUCUAGGUUGGUUGAAAUUUUACUUGACGGACACGUUGAGUGCUGACCUCGCCUUUUUAAAGGUGUGUUUCUUUCGAGUUCACGUCCCAGGGAAGCAAACUACCAUUUGUCGAUAUCGUAAUUGGGGUCUCGAGCUCAAAAUCAUAGGAGGAAUCAUUUUGGCAAGAAUUCUAUUUGCAUUAUGUGCGUUUGCACUUUUAAUCCGUAAGUUUAAGAGAAGGCAUUUAUCGAUGUUCGAUAACAUUGAAGGUUAUCUACGAAGUCAGAAUCACCUCAUGCCAAUUAGCUACUCUUACGUAGACAUUAAGAAGAUGGCCAAAGGUUUCAAGGACAAGUUGGGAGAAGGAGGCUAUGGUUCUGUCUACAAAGGAAAGCUUAGAAGUGGUCAUCUUGUAGCGAUAAAAGUAUUGGGCAAACCCAAAGCCAAUGGACAAGAAUUUAUCAAUGAAGUUGCUACCAUAGGAAGGAUUCAUCAUGUUAAUGUGGUUCAGCUAAUUGGAUAUUGUGCAGAGAGAUCUAAGCGAGCUCUCAUAUAUGACUUCAUGCCAAAUGGGUCUCUGGAAAAGUAUAUAUUUUCUCAAGAAGGAUAUAUCCCAUUGAGUUGUAAGCAAAUGUAUGAGAUUUCUUUAGGAGUGGCUCGCGGGAUUGAAUAUUUGCAUCGGGGUUGUGACAUGCAAAUCUUGCAUUUUGAUAUCAAGCCUCACAACAUUCUUCUUGAUGGGAAUUUCACUCCAAAAGUCUCUGAUUUUGGGCUUGCAAAAUUGUAUUCAACUGAUGAUAGCAUUGUGAAUCUGACUGCAGCAAGGGGAACAAUGGGUUAUAUGGCUCCAGAGUUGUUUUACAAAAACAUUGGAGGCAUUUCAUAUAAAGCUGAUGUUUAUAGUUUUGGAAUGUUGUUAAUGGAAAUGACUAGUAGGAAAAGGAAUUUGACUAAUCAUACAAGCGAAAUUUACUUCCCUUCUUGGAUUUAUGUUCAAUUCAAAGAAGGGAGGGACAUAGAAAUGGGAGAGACCAAUGAGGAGGAAGUGAUGAUGGUGAAGAAGAUGAUAAUAGUAGCUUUGUGGUGCAUACAAAUGAAGCCUAGUGACCGUCCUUCAAUGAACAAAGUUGUAGAGAUGCUUGAAGGGAAUGUUGAACAACUGCAAAUGCCUUCUAAACCUUUUCUAUGCCCAGAAGAGAUGCUAACUGAAGAUCAUAGAAUUGACACAAAUCCUACAGAUUUGCCUAUGCCAUCACGUGAAUGCAUAAAUUCCAUCACUUUGGGUGUAAGUGAACCUUAAAUGGUUUCAUAUCAAAUGCAUCAUAUUUAAGUAAAUUAAUUGUUGGCAUCCUCAGUUGCUUAUGGAAUUGAGGUUGCCUUAUUAAACAUAUGAUGGGGAAACUAUAUAUGCAUCCUCAAUUAAUUGUUGGCAUCCUACAUUUCAAUUUUUCUUGAAAGGUUUUCCUAGUUAAAACUAGCUUGAUUGGAGCUAUGCAAGUAAGAAUUUUUAUUUAAUUUAGAUUUUUUUGUCAUUGUUUA